UUUUCCCAUCUGUAGACUUCCACACACCCCUUUUCUUCUAUAUGCACUCUUCAUUGCAUCUCUUACAUACAUAUAGCUUGGGAGAUCACCAAACAAGAGGCUCUCUCUCUCUCUCUCUCUCUCUUCUGAAUCCAAAAUCCGAACCCUAAUGGAGAGUCCGACGUGCCCGCCAGAUUUCAGGUGCCCCAUCUCCAUGGAGCUGAUGCGGGACCCCGUGACGAUCUCGACUGGGGUCACGUAUGAGCGUGAGAACAUCGAGAAAUGGUUCUUCACCUACAAGAGGACCACGUGCCCCACUACGAUGCAGCAGGUCGUGAGCUUGGAUGCCACCCCCAACCACACUCUCAAGCGUCUCAUCCUUGCCUGGUUGUCGUCAUCAUCCCACCACCCUCCUGCAUCCGCCCCGCAACUGCCGUCACCAGAGAGGCACCAGGAAAUGCUGUCCCUCCUUAAGACCAUCGAGUCCUCCCCUUUUAAGGUAACUGCCUUGAAGAAACUCAAAGCGAUGAUUGGAACUGAUGACGAGACCAAAUCAUUUUUCAUCGGAUCCAAGGGUGUCGAGAUUGUUGUGCAGAUCCUGACACAGAUCCUUUCAGAUGGCUCUGACUUCAGCUCAUUCCGGGCGGGCGAGGAGGCUCUUGGGGUGAUCCACCUCCUCUCUUUAUCCUCUUCUGACCAACAGUAUAAAGACAUAUUCGACAUCAUAUCAAAGGCCGAACCAGUAAAGUCCUUAGUUGCCAUGCUACAGAGGGGCAGUGCCGAGGCGCGGCUCCAUUCGGUGAUCAUUAUCCACAAGAUGCUCAAGAGGCACAAGUACCAUAAGAUCCCCCUUCAAGAUCAUCCUUGGACUGAUCUUGACCUCUUCAAGUCAAUGCUGGAGCUCGCAUCCGAUGAGAUUCUCACAAAGGCGAGCUCACGGGCACUCGAUGCACUCAUUGAGAUCCUUUCAUUUUCAAAGGGGAGUAGGGUCCGAGCCAUCGAGGUUGGGGCGGUCUGCAUCCUCAUCGAGCUCCUCCCAGAAUCGAACCGGGCCCGGUCUGAGAAGAUCCUUGUAUUGUUGAAGCUGCUGUCAGAGGGUGCAAACGGGCGAUCAGCCCUAGUGGAGCAUGGGUUGGGAAUUGCUGUGGUUUCCAAGAAGCUGCUUCACGUGUCUGCUGCAGCCACGAAGCUUGGGGUGAAGAUCCUGUGGCAGGUAUGCAUUUCUCACCCAACAGAGCAGGCCCUGGAGGAGAUGCUGGCCUAUGGGGUCGUAAAGAAGCUGGCGGCGCUGCUGCACAUGGACGGCUGGUCCUCGACCAAGGACCGGGUUGUUAGGAUGUUCAAGCUACAUGGGAAUACUUGGAAGAGAUACCCUUGUUUCCCCAGGGAGUUGAAGGAUUACUUGGGUGUGUCUUAAAAACAAAAAAAUUUGCAAAUUGUUCAUAUAAAUAUAUUUUGGUUAAGAAACUGCUCAUUUAUUAAGUGAAUACAAGUUUUACUAGUCUAAAGUACAUUCACAUA